AUGAUGAUAAAAUUAUCCUUAUUAUUUAUCAUUGCGAUUAUUUUUAAUGUUGGAUCAGCAGUUUAUUUUGAAUUAAAUGGUGGUCAAACUAAAUGUUUUAUAGAAGAAAAUCCAAAAGAUACAACAGUAUUAGGAAAAUAUAUUUUAGAGGAUAUCACACCACAACAAGGUGGAUAUGGUAAUCAAUUAUCAUUAACAGUAAAAGUAACUGAUCCAGAAAAAAGAGAGGUUCUUAGCAAAACUAUGCCAUCAAAUGGACGUUUUGCUUUUUCAACUCAAGUUGGUGGCGAACACAAAAUUUGCUUCUCCACCAAUACUUCCAAAUGGUUUGGUCCAUCUGUCAAAACUAGACUUCAUUUAGAAAUUGAAGGUGGUGCAGGUGCAAAUGAUUAUGAAGAGAUUGCAAAAGUUGAACAUUUAACUGGUAUUGAAAUUUCAUUAAGAAGAUUAAAUGAUAGAGUCAAUCAAAUUAGAAAGGAACAAAGUUAUCAAAAAGGUCGUGAAAUCGUUUUCCGUAAUACUAGCGAAAGUACAAAUGCUCGUGUUAUGUGGUGGUCAAUCAUUCAAUUAGUUGUUUUAGUUUUAACUGGUGUUUGGCAAAUGAAACAUCUUAAAUCAUUUUUCAAGGCCAAGAAACUUGUAUAA